AUGUCACACUCUGAGAAGCACCAGCUCAUGCCAAAGCCCAAGCCGUUCACCCAGCACUCGGCGCCCGACACCAAGGACCACUACACCUGCAUCGUGAUGGGUGCAGGCCUGUCUGGCAUGGCGUCGGCAAUCCAGCUCCGCCGCAAGAUGGGCAUUGACGACGUCCUCGUCUACGAGAAGACUAGCGAUGUUGGAGGCACUUGGAACGUCAACCGAUACCCGGGCGCAGCUUGCGACAUUCCCUUCACCUUCUACUCGUUCUCCUUCUACCCCGCCUACCACGCCUCGAGCCAAUGGGCCGGACAGAAGGAGAUUCUGGAGUACCUCCACGAGGUGCAGACCAAGUUCAAGCUGAACAACAUCGUCUUCCGCACCGCCGUCGAGACCGCCCGUUUCUCGCGCGAUGACGGACUCUGGCACCUCUCGGUCAAGAACCAGGAGACGGGCGAAGUCCGCACCCGUACCUGCAACAUCCUCAUCUCGUGCCUCGGCGGUCUCACGAUCCCCAACGACCCGCCGUUCAAGCGCGAGGACUUUACCGGCGAGGUCUUCCACUCGGCGAGGUGGCGCGAGGACGUCAGCCUCAAGGGCAAGGAUGUUGUCGUCGUUGGCAACGGCUGCUCCGCCGCCCAGAUCGUUCCCGAAAUUGUCCACGAAGCCGCCACCGUCACCCAGAUUGCCCGCUCCCGGCAGUCCAUCAUCCGCCGCAUCAAGGCGCCCGACAAUGCCUUCCUCCAUUUCCUGAUGCGCUGGAUUCCCGGGUUCGGCUUCAUCGUUCGCUCACUCGUCUUCUUCGUCAUGGAGUCGUUCUUCAAGAUUACGGACAUCAAGAAGGGCGAGCGCGAGCGCAGGAAGACCGUCAAGGAGAUCAACGAGUACAUCGAGGAGACCGCGCCCAAGAAAUACUGGGAUGUCCUGCGACCCGACUUUGACGUCGCGGCGAAGCGCCGAGUUUUCGACAGCGGCUACUACGAGUCUCUCAACGCGCCGAACAUGGAGCUGAUCGCCGACGAUGUCGUCACUACCGUCAAGGGCGACAAGGUUUACACGAAGAACGGCCGCGUCUGCCGCGCCGACAUCAUCGUCCUCGCUACCGGCUUCAAGGUCCGAGACUUCCUCUUCCCGCUCAAGAUCUACAACGACAAGGGCGAGUCUCUGCAAGAUCGCCUGAACGCGAACGGCAUCAAGACGUACCAGUCGACGCUCGUCGCCGAGUUUCCCAACUUUUUCUGGAUCAUGGGACCCAACUCUGCGACCGGCCACUCUUCCGUCCUCUUCACCUCCGAAGCCCAGCUCGCCCUCACCUUCCACCUCAUCCGCCCGAUUGUCGAGAAGCUCCGCAAGGUCCAGCUGCUCAAGCCCGCGCCUUUCGUCGAGGUCACGACCAAGGCCGAGGACCGCUUCUACGCCGAGGUACGGAAGGAGAUGAAGAAGAAGGUGUGGGAGAAGGACGGCGGCGUGUCGUGGUAUGUCGACAAGGCGACCGGUCUCUGCUCGACGCUCUAUCCCUGGUCGCAAGUCCACUUCUGGCGCUCGUGCACCUUCCCCAACUACGGCGACUUCAAGUGGACCGGCGCCGAACGUCCUGCCGCAUGGCGCAGCUACCUCGGCUGGUACUAG